AUGGCCUGCCUCAAGCUGGGAUCAAGGGCUGAUGUAUUCAGGAAGCAGGGUCAAGACUGGUAUUGCACUACUGGCCUUCCCAGUGAUAUAACUGUGGUGGUUGGGGAACAAUCUUUUCAUCUCCACAAGUUUCCUCUAUUAUCAAAGAGUGGCCUUCUGGAACGUCUCAUCAGAGAGAAAAUUGAGAAGGGAGAAGAUAGCUGUGCCAUUGAUCUAUCUGAUAUUCCUGGGGGAGCAAAGGCUUUUGAACUAGCUGCUAGGUUCUGCUAUGGUGUGAAGUUUGAAUUGACUUCCUCCAAUGUUGUGCACCUUCGCUGCGCUUCUGAGUAUCUUGAGAUGGCUGAAGAGAUCGCCGAGGGAAAUUUGAUUGCGCAGACAGAGAACUUCCUUACCCAGACAGUUCUCAAAAGCUGGAAAGAUUCAAUCAAGGCACUUCAUACUUGCGAUGACGUCAUUGAUCUUGCUGAAAAAUUGCAAGUUGUGAAGAAGUGCAUAGACUCAGUUGCAACUAAAUCAAGCACUGAUCCCGAUGUAUUUGGCUGGCCUGUCGCCCAGUAUGGUGGUCCCACACAGAGUCCUGGAGGGAGCUUCUUGUGGAAUGGUAUUAGCACUGGAGCAAGGCCAAGAAAUUGCAGUUCAGAUUGGUGGUAUGAUGAUGUGUCAUGCUUAAGCCUUCCAUUAUACAAGAAGGUAAUCUCAGCUAUGGAAUACCGAGGCGUCAAUCAGGACAUUAUUGUUGGAUCCCUUAACCAUUAUGCCAAAAGGCGUUUACCUGGUCUGAAUCGGCGCAAAAGCAUUAGUGAUGUCAGUAACUGCCUUUCAGUGUCAACUUUAACCACCAUGCCUUCUGAAGAGGAGCAAAGGUAUCUUCUUGAGGAGAUUGAUAGGCUGUUACCUUUCCAAAGGGGUGUUACAUCUUGCAAGCUGUUAUUUGGCCUUCUGCGCACAGCGAUCUUCCUUAAAGCCAGCUCAUCCUGCAUGUCCAACUUGGAGCGUCGGAUAGGUUUGCAGCUUGACAAGGCCACUCUGGAAGAUCUUCUGAUAACAAACAUGUCUGAAUCCAUUGAAAUGCUCUAUGAUGUGGAUUGCGUACAUAGGAUUCUUGACCACUUCUUGGCAAUGGAUCAAGAAACUGGUGGAGCUUCUCCUGGCAUUGGCGAAGAUGGGCACCUAUUGGCUUCUCCAUCUCUAUUGCCGAUUACUAUGGUUGCUAAGUUGAUCGACGGCUACCUAGCUGAAGUUGCACCAGAUGCCAACCUAAAGUUGCCAAAGUUUGUGUCUUUGGCUGCCGCCAUACCAGACUAUGCUCGGCCAAUAGAUGAUGGACUUUACCGCGCCGUUGACAUCUAUCUGAAGGCGCAUCCCCAUCUGUCGGAAUCGGAGAAGGAAGAGCUUUGCCGGGUGAUGGACUGCCAGAAGCUCUCUCUGGAGGCUUGCACCCACGCGGCGCAGAACGAGCGUCUCCCCCUGCGGGUCAUCGUGCAGGUCCUCUUCUUCGAGCAGCUGCAGCUCCGGAGCUCCAUCGCGGAGUGCCUGAUGAUCUCCGAGAACCUCGAGGGCGGAUCGAGGCAGCUUGGCAUGCCAACCUCUAGUGAGCAGCACCGUGGCGGUGUCGGCUGGCCCCUGGCCGCCAGGGAGAACCAGGCCCUGCGCGAGGGCAUGGACGGCAUGAAGCAGCGGGUGGCCGAGCUGGAGAAGGAGUGCUCCACCAUGCGGGAGGAGAUUGCGAGGCUGGGCCGCAGCAGGAGCGCCGGCAAGGGCAGGCUGUUCUCCCUUGGCACAAGGCCGCAGAUCUGCAGCACCGCCAAGGAUGCUACCCCCGCGAAGGUGACAACGGCGAGCGACGACGAGAGGCUGGCUGUGGUGAAAGUUGAUGCCACACCCCGGCUGAAGCUGAGCAGACACAAGAAGAACCUGUCCAUAGAGGCCUAG